CAAGCACAAAUUGUCAGCAACAACAGUAUUACAUCACCCCGUUGCAAUCUCUCUCUCUCUCUCUCUCUCUCUCUCUCUCUCUCUCUCAACAAAAACCUCAUUUUCUCUCUCUCUAAAACCAGCAUCUUCAGACUUCAGUCUCUGUUACUAACAAACACUAGACCUAUUUUAGACCUUGUGUCUCGAAAUCCUUCGCUUCGCCCCACAUUAAGAGGUUCAAGUGCGUGCCACCUCUCCUGAUACAAAACCCUCGUGAACUGGAUGUAAAAGAUCUGAGAUUUAAUGAUGGAAACGGGUCACUUGCAACUUUGCCUCUAAUUCAGGUGAAUUUAGUCAAUCGGAUCAUGACCCGAGUUGUUCGUGACCGGAUACUUAAGGACGCUAAUGGCGAUAUCUCCGAUCAUCUCCGCAACCAUAUCCAUUUAACAAAUUGUAUUCACUUGAAAAACCAUAUGCACAAAAACAGCCCUAUAAUCAGCGACAGGUCCCUUAUUAGGGACCUCGUCGUUCUUCAAAGGUCACGAUCUUUAAAGGAUCCCUCCAUGAGUCCACCCGCUUUUCAGUCUCCUUCCGCCGUUGAUGCUGGUGGUGGUGGUGGUGGAGGAGGACGCAGGUCUACUGGUUUUUCCGGCAACUUUUCUGGCAACUCCUCCUCAAAUAGAAGAAACAAGAAACAAGAAUCAAGCGGGGAUUCUCCACUUGAUGCUGCAAAUUUAGCUCGUGAUAUUUAUCCAGGAAGCUCUGAUAACAAAAGCAAACAAAAAGGACGUAAAAUCAAGCAAGAUGAUCCUUCAAAUGAUGUCCCAUUCGAUAGUGACAACAAUGUUGGUUCAUCACACAACCACCGUUUACAUGAAUCAAGCAUCCACAGCCAUGGUCAAAAUCGGGUCAAACGACGAAGGUUUCGUGGUGGAAGAAGAGUUUCCCGAGCACCCAAAAGUACCGAAAUGCCCAUGCCCAUGCCCAUGUCCACCUCCAUGUCCAUGGCUUCUAAUUUCAUACCUCAUGGUGGUGACCAAAACCUGACCGGAAAUCUGCCUGGAGUUCCAAAACAAGGUUGUGGAAUCCCCUGGAAUUGGUCCCGGAUUCACGAUCGAGGAAAAUCUUUCCUCGACAUCGCCGGAAGAAGCCUCUCAUGCGGUUUAUCAGACUCAAGGUCAAAACGCACCGGUCAACACAACUCCGGCCAAAUUCCGGCGAUCUCCGAUCGCUCCACCUCCUCCACAAACGGCGAAUCUCUCCCAUUACUAAUCGACGGGUCACAAGAAAGCCCGGAAAACCCCGCCGCCUGGGUGCACGAUUAUUCCGGCGAGUUAGGGCUCUACGCCGACCACCUUUUAAACACCGAUCUCGACUCCGAUCUCGCCUCCGAAGCCCGCUCCGGUGGCCGGAAACGCAACUCCGGCCACCAGAAUCUCACUCAAAAGUACAUGCCAAGAACAUUCCGGGACCUCGUGGGACAAAAUCUCGCAGUCCAAGCUUUAUCAAACGCGAUCGCGAGAAAAAAAGUCGGGUUGCUUUACGUGUUCUACGGGCCCCAUGGCACCGGGAAAACAUCGUGUGCGCGUAUAUUUGCACGCGCUUUGACUUGUCAAUCUUUUGAUCACCCAAAACCGUGCGGUUUUUGCAGUUCUUGUGUGGGACAUGAUACGGGCAAGGGUAAGAAUAAGAACCGGAGUGUGAUCGAAGUGGGGCCCAUGAAUAAUCUUGGGUAUAAAAGUAUGAUGGAGUUGAUUGAAAACACGAUUGGUUCGAAUUUGAGAUCGCAUUAUCGGGUGUUUAUAAUUGAUGAUUGUGAUUCUUUGAUUCCGGAUUUUUGGAGUGCGAUAUCUAAGGUUAUUGAUCGAGCUCCCAGGCGUGUGGUUUUUGUACUGGUUAAUUCGAGUCUUGAUGUUUUGCCACAUAUGAUCGUUUCCAGGUGUCAAAAGUUUUUUUUUCCAAAAUUGAAGGAUGCGGAUAUUAUUUAUACGUUACAAUGGAUUGCUACUAAAGAAGAGUUUGAAAUUGAUAAAGAUGCUUUGAAGCUUAUUGCCUCGAGGUCCGAUGGGUCUUUGAGGGAUGCUGAAAUGACACUUGAGCAGCUUAGUUUGCUUGGCCAAAGAAUUUCGGUUCCUCUUGUUCAAGAAUUGGUUGGACUUAUAUCUGAUGACAAGUUAGUUGACCUAUUGGAUUUAGCAUUGUCAGCAGACACGGUCAAUACAGUCAAACAUUUACGAGAAAUUAUGGAAUCGGGUGUCGAGCCAUUAGCUUUAAUGUCACAACUUGCAACCGUAAUAACCGAUAUUCUUGCCGGAAGUUACAAUUUCAUGAAAGAAAGGCCAAGAUGGAAAUUCUUUCGACGACAAGCUUUAUCGAAAGAAGAUAUGGAAAAGCUGCGAUUAGCAUUGAAGACGUUAUCGGAAGCAGAAAAGCAACUCAGAAUGUCGAAUGACAAGUUGACUUGGUUGACCGCCGCGUUGUUGCAGCUUGCACCUGAUCAGCAGUACGUGUUGCCGGAAUCCUCCGCGGGUACCAGCGGCCGCCACAGUCCGGUGGUGGUUAAUAAUGGCGGUGGAAGAGAUGGAUCCCGGAAAAGUAACUUUGACCAUGGUGACAUGAUUGGAAGUCAAAGAGGGGCUUUGAAAAAUGAGAGAAAAAUGAGAGAAGAUAUAUAUAGGCAAGAAAUUGAAGAAAUUUGGUUGGAGGUUCUUGAGUAUAUUCAUAUAAAUAGCAUUAAAGAAUUCUUGUAUCGUGAAGGAAAGAUGACAUCACUUAGUCUUGGUGCAGCUCCAACAGUUCAACUUAUUUUCACUUCACACGCAACAAAAUCAAAGGCAGAGAAAUUCAAAACACACAUUUUGAAAGCGUUUGAGCAUGUUCUUGGAUCACCUGUUACAAUAGAAAUCAGAAGUGAAUCAAGAAAAGAAAACCAACUCAUAUUACCCACAUCCCAACAAGACUCAUAUGCAAAACAAAGAAGUGAGAUCAUUGAAGUAGAGGCUUCUCCAAGAGAACAAAAAUCCAUGUUGCAUAUUGAUAAUGAUCAUAAAGUAGAGGCUACACCAUCUCAUAAGAAUUCAAGUUUUCAAACAAGAUUAGGAGAACAAAAUCAAUCCAUGAGUCUUGUAAGAGGGAAAGUGUCUCUUGCAAAUGUGAUUCAACAGGCGGAAUCACAGAGAAAUGGUUGGUCCACACGUAAAGCUGUUUCCAUCGCUGAAAAGCUCGAACAAGAGAAUCUGAGAAUGGAGCCGAGAUCAAGAAGCUUGUUGUGCUGGAAGGCAUCUAGAGCUUCACGUCCGAAGAUUUCGCGAUUGAAAUUUAGAACAAGAAAACCACGGGCCUUGUUGAGAUUUGUGUCGUGUGGGAGGUGUCUUUCAACUAAAUCACCGAGGUAAUCCAAGAAAUGCGUUCAAACGUGUGUCAUUUUCUCAAAUUUUAAGCAUUAAUUUAUGGGUCAACUAGGGUUCACUAAUAAGAGAGAGGCAAGUCCAAGAACAAUGAAAAGGCAAAUGUGCAUGUCUUAUAUAUUUUCUAGUUUUCGAUGUUCUUUGUAGUUAAAAAUGGCAUUCUUUGAUGAAAUAUUUAGGGUUAUGUUAUUUAAUUGUACUAUAGAUUUAAGAUUCAAGAAAGGUCAAAAGCCCAAAUUAAUGUUGUUUAUUUUGUAAUCAAUGGGAAGAAGUCUUUGAGUUUUACUUAAAA